AUGGCGAGGAUACGCUUCAGUGCGUCGGAGCUGCUGCGAAUGGGCAGUGGCAGUGGAUUGCAGCGUGACCAGACGAGUACGACUUCGUACGACGACAGGCCAUGUCCCUUCGCUGCGCUCGGACUCUGCAAGAAAGGCGUCUUGUGCAGCUUCGAGCACGUCGAUGACCCGAGCUUCGGUCCCAUCAAUCCACUUCAGCAGCGCCAUCCCAACCGAACGAGCAGCAGCAACCAGCCUGGAAGACAGCCAAAAGCUGCAGCAUCUGCUCCGUCACGCAGCUUCGCCACCUCGAGAUUUGCCACCAAGUCGGAGAACACGAUGCCUGCUCGCAUGUCUGCUCCUGGCCCAGCAACGACCACUUCGCGAGCUCAGCCCGCCGCUCCAGCCCAAACAUUCACCUCUUCUCGAGCCCUUCCCACCGCAUCGACCGUAACCAUCACCCAGCCACCUUCCGCACAGCGCCAGUACCAACCAUACCCUCCGUCGGACGCACGCCUAAAAGACUUCCGAUGGCGCAUUCCGACAAACAUCGCUGCUGCCAAACCGCUUGGUCACACGUCUAGCAAGUUCUGGGCUCUGGCGUCGGAGCUCGCAGAUGGUGAUGCUGGUGCUGUGCAAGAGACCAUCACUCUGCUUACAAGCGAGGGCGGACUUCUGCGGGUCAGCGAAGUCUUGGAACAACCAUUCGAGACCUUUUCAAACAGCCAAUACGCGCGCUACCUCAGCACGCAGCUACUGCCGCUGCUGACAGUCUUCACCCAUACCAAAGUCCUCUCAUCAAGCCUGCUGCGUGCCAAGGUUGCUACAGUGUACAAUAUCAUCUAUGCGGGCGACGGCAAUGGCGAGCGAGCGAUUGCGCUGUUCUCGUCCUUGGCUGGUCAUCUGGCUGAGGUGUUCAUGCCAAAGACGGCCAACGGGCUCAUCACGGCGGACAACUUGCAGCUGGAAUCACUCGAGACAGCUAUUGUCGCCUUUUCCACUCUUGUGGAGUUCAACACCCCUGCGCACAACAAUGCUGGACUCGUGCCGCCUACUGAGCAGCUUGCCGCUAUUCUCGACAGCCUUCCCGAGAGCACGGCGUUCGCGAUGAGCAAAGCCAAGAGUCAGCUUCUCAAGCUACAGCGCCGGCUUGGUAUCGGACACGAGCUUCUCGAGACACAGGCCGGCAAGAAGAAGACACCUGUCCGUGCAACCUUCGAAUUCGCAAGAGAAUUGCCAGGUUCUCUCUCGGAAGCAGGACCUCGUCACGACAACGAUCAUGAGGACAUCACCAAGAUCCAGAUUCUGCCUACUCUGCAAGAAAUUCUGAGCUCUCGCGAGGAGUAUCUUCCAUCCAUCGACCCACGCCAGUGGCAUCUCGCAGGUGCAUCAGGACUGCUCGAUCGCCACUUCCGACUGCUUCGAGAAGACACGGUCGGCCAAGUGCGUGACGCUGCCAAUUUUGAGUUGCGGAGGCUGCAGAACCCUCUCAUGGGCCCGCAGAUCAACCGCCAAGGCGCUCGCACUUAUGUCUAUCAAGACGUUCAAAUCAUCACCGCCGCCGUUGACGCUUAUCAUGGCAUGCACUUUGUGAUGCGAUUUGCUCAGCCACGAGGCUGCAAUCAAACAAGCAAGCGUGCUCGACAAGAUUGGUGGGACUUCUCCCGGCGCCUGGGACAAGAGGCACUGAUCUGCCUUCUUGGCUCUUCUGGGACAGCCGCUUUCUUCGUCGUCCUCUCACCAUUUCCGAAACCGGUCAAGCUGCAGAAGACCUACGAUUUGAGCUCUGAUACAAACCACGCUCAUGUCAUCGUCAAGCCAGUCAACCAUGAUGACUACUACCUCACACUGGCCAACAUGCACGACACUGGCUCCCAGUCAACAUACUCCAUCGCUGAGUUCCCAGGAGUGUUGCUUCCCGCCUUCGAACCGACUUUACGUGCGCUGCAGCGUAACUCCAAGACUCUGGACAUGCCUUUCCAAGACAUUCUCGCACCAUCCGCCGCUGCCGACGAUCUAAGCAAGGAGAUGGACAACCCGCCGCCGACUUACGCUACCAAGCCAGGGUUCGAGUUCGAAUUGUCGAGCAUCACGUCUCGUGGACAGCGCUUUUCACUCUCCGCCACGGAGGACGUCGACGAUGCUGCUGAAGAGCUGGCCACCAUGUCGAGUCUGGAUCGUGGCCAAGCAAGUGCUGUGGUGUCGUCGCUUACUCGUGGCAUUGCAGCGAUUCAAGGCCCUCCCGAUGCUCUUGACGCCGUCUUGGAACGCUCCGUCGACGAUGGUGUCUCCAAUAUUGUCCGAAUCGGCUCUCGUUCCAAAUCCGAGCGUCUGCAGAACGUCAAUCUCAAGGCACUUGCACAGCAGAUCCAGAAGACGAAGACCGAGAGGCUUGACUACAAGAUCCUUUCGCAAGAGCAGAGGUCCGAGACGGAGGAGAUUGAGCAGCUGCUACCAGCCCUGCGUGCGAUGGAGUCUGAUCAGGCUCUCCAGGCACACUUGCUGGAAAACUAUCCAUCGCGCUACGUGCAACUGGUCACCAAGAAAGACGAUGAUGGCUUCACAACUGUCGGAGACCAGUAUUCUUCAGUGAUCAAGAAUUGGCUGAGCAAGGACUUGUACCGCACCGAGCCCGACCGCUCCCUCCAUGAGCUCGAGGACGUCAACCUGCACCAGAUGACUGCUGGCGAGCGACAGCUCUUGUAUCAGUUCUGGAAGAUUGAACUGGCAGACGAGCUCGACGAGAAAUUUCGCCGCGCAUUCGAAUCUUUCACGGACAUCAACAAGAAGCUCGCAGUCAUCACGAGAGAGAAGAACCUUCGAGUGCUACAGCAAGCGAACAUCAUCGGCGUCACCACCUCCGGACUGGCACGCAAUCUUGACCUCCUUCGAGACGUCAAUCCCAAAGUCUUGAUUUGCGAGGAGGCUGGUGAGGUGCUCGAAGCGCAUCUUCUUACUGCCUUGCUGCCUUCGGUCGAGCAUUGCAUUCUCAUCGGCGAUCACCAACAACUCCGCCCGCAAGUCUCCAACUACGGACUCUCCUCCGAGAGCCGUGACGGCGCACAGUACUCGCUCGAUUUAUCUCUCUUCGAGCGCCUUGUCCAGCCCAUGGACACCUUUGCCCAGCCGCUGCCCUUCUCCACGCUCGAUGUCCAGCGCCGCAUGCAUCCCUCAAUUUCCCAGCUGGUUCGUCGGACUCAAUACCCUCAUCUCCAAGACGAUCCUCGAGUAUCAGAAUAUCCGGAGGUUGUCGGCAUGCGGCGACGCCUAUUCUGGAUGGAUCACCAGCAGCGCGAAGACCCUCAGGUCGAUGGCGAGCUGAUGUCGCGGACGAAUGAAUUCGAAGUUGAGAUGGUCGCUGCCCUUGUGAAGCAUAUCGUCCAGCAGGGCGUGUACAAGGCCCAGGACAUCGCAGUCAUCACUCCCUACCUCGGUCAACUGCGGAAGCUCAGAGCCAAGUUUCAAAGCACUCAUGCGAUCACCUUGACCGACAAGGACGAGGACGACCUCGCCAAGGAAGGACUUGACGAUGAUGAGAUUGAGUCCGAACUUCGUCAGGUGGCCUCAAAGACCUCCUUGAACCAAGCUAUUACACUAGCAACGAUCGACGCUUUCCAGGGAAACGAAUCGGCAAUAGUUCUGGUCUCCCUGGUCCGUUCCAACCCUCAGCAGAACGUUGGUUUCCUUCGAACACCCAACAGAAUCAAUGUUCUACUCUCUCGUGCCAAGCAUGGAAUGUACAUCUUCGGCGACACCAAGACGAUGGAGGGUGUCCCCAUGUUCCGCGAAGUUGCCGACACUCUCCGCGCCGAUGGCAACUUGGGUGAUGCGCUGGAACUUUGCUGUCAACGUCAUCCCGACCGGCCGAUAUCAGUCCGAACUCCGGAAGAUUUCGACCGUUUGUCACCUGAAGCUGGGUGCGACCUCCUCUGCGACAAGCCGCUCGACUGUGGCCACUCCUGCGGUGCGAAGUGUCAUUCCGAGGUGCUUCAUGGAGUUUACCAAUGCAAGAAGCCAUGCCUGAAGCCGAGAGAGCACUGCGAGCAUCCCUGCGCCCAGGCCUGUGGUGAGAAGUGCAACGACCUCUGCAAAGUGAUGGUGGAGGACGCCAAAAUCAUCCUUGCCUGCGGACACAAGAAGACUGGUCUGCGUUGCUACGAGAUCCAGAACCCAAGCAUCAUUGUCUGCAACGAUAUGGCUCAGCGAACCAAGCCAGGCUGCCUCCACACCAGAAAGGUUCCCUGCGCCGUCAACGUCAACAUGAAGUCCGACAUUGCAAUCUGCCUUGCUUUCUGCGGAGAAAUCCAAGACUGCGGUCACACCUGCCAGAAGCGCUGCGGUGACUGCAAGAGCCGCGGAAAAGACCGCAUUGUCAUCGACUCCAAUCAUGGUCAGUGCUGGCAGAUCUGCAAGCGCCAGUACAGCGACUGCGAGCAUCAGUGCACAUCUCCCUGCCAUUCAGGAGAGCCUUGUGCUCCGUGCAUGAAGGAUUGCGACACUCAGUGCUUUCACACUCAAUGCGAUCGGAAGUGCUCCGGCCCAUGCAAGAUGUGCAUGGAAGAGCAGUGCAGCUCUGGCACUCUUUGCCCCCACACGGAGAGCUGCUCGAUGCCUUGCGCCGCGCCUUGCGAUUGGCUCCCAUGCACCGAGCGCUGCUGCAAGUAUCUGGCAUGCGGAUGCCGAUGCCCUUCAAUUUGCGGAGAAGUGUGCCCGAAGGCUCAGUUCUGCCAGCUUCACGGCACGGACAACAACAAGGCUCUCAUCGCUGACAAGACAAAUCUGACCGCAUACGGAGACGUCAAUUUGGUCACCGAUCCGUGCAUCUUCACUGAGUGCGGCCACAUCUUCACCAUCGACUCGCUGGAUGCUGCCAUCGGCAUUGACGACCACUACGAGAUCGAUCUGGACUCUGGCGAGCUUGUCGGCCUCAAGACGCCUCCGGGACACUUCGCCAUGCGCGAUCUGGCAUCUUGCCCAGAUUGUUGCGGCUCCUUGCACGGUUUGGCUCGAUACGGCCGCAUCACUCGACAAGCCUUGCUUGACAAGACGGCGGAGAAGCUUGCAGCGUUCUCGAACCGCAAGUAUCAGGACUUUGCCGCUCGCUUGGCCACACUUGAAAAUGAACUGCACGGCACCGUCGACUCUGCGAUCAAGCCAACCCAGAAUCUUCGCAUCGCUGGUGACAUGUCCGAUCAGCUCAUCGCCGUGCAGAGGGCUACGACUGCCACUCGCUACAAGCCUCUUCUCGCAUUCCUCUCCGAGACCAGCGCAUUCAUCCAGAAGCUCGGCCAAGAAGAGCAGUCCUACCACUACGUUCACGACCUGUCAGACGCUCGCCAGCAAGACGGCACCGCGAGACUGCAGCUUUGCGAGAACUUGAAAGCCUCCAACCUUCUCAACCGCACCGUCCUCGUCCUCAUUAGCGACAUCGCCGCCAUCCACAACGCGACCCCACCAGCGACCCGCGGCUUCCUGCAGAUCAACCUCACUACCAACCGGGAGUCCUGCCUCGGUGUGAUCCAAGAAGCAAUCGCCAGCAAACACUUCUAUCAGCAGGCCGAAGCGUCCGUCAUGUGCGCCAAGUACGCAGCAAUUGAGUGCGCCGUGAUGGCGUCCAAGGAGUCCGGAACGGGUUGGCAGCAGCGUCUGGACGAAUUGAAAGAGGAAGGACUGGCGCACUUGGACGAUGCGACGGAGAUCUGGCAGCAGCAGAAGGAGUUGGCGGGUGGUGUGGAGCAUCAGCCGUGGAAGGGGAUUAUGGAUGAGAUGGAAGGGAUCAUGGCGGAGCAGACGGUCGUUGGCCGUGUUCUGUCAAAGAAGAGUGAGCGGGUCUGCGGCGAAGAGGACACGCGAGACGGCUCGCGAGUUGACGCCGACAAGGCUUUGUAA